AUGGCCCUGUCGAAGAGCUUCUCCGGUUCCAUCGCGGCGAACCGCAGCAAGAAGAUCCAGCAGCUGACCAAGAAGACCUCCACGGUGAAGCGCAACCGCAAGUCUCCCCGCCUUUACAUGAAGGCGACGAUGGCGGGCUACACCCGCGGUCUCCACGGACAGAACAAGAAUACCGCCAUUGUCCGCAUCGAGAACGUCAACACGAAGGAGGACGCCAAGUGGUACGUCGGCAAGCGUGUCUGCUACGUCUACCACGGCUACAAGAUGAAGCGCUGUGUGCGCUGGAGCAAGGCACCCGCCCGCCGCAGCAACACCCGCGCCAUCUGGGGCCGCGUCACGCGCCCACAUGGUGGUGCUGGUUCCGUCCGUGUGAAGUUCAACGGUGCCUCCAUUCCCGCGUCGGCAAUCGGUAAGCGCAUCCGUGUCUACCUGUACCCCAGCCGUGUUUAA